GGAAAAAAUUAUCUAACUACUUUCGUAAAUUAAAACGAAAUGUUAUGUAUGAAAUCUUUGAAAUCUUUUUAAUUGAUCUUAAACAUGUUUAAAGUAAUGUUCGCUUUUUUUUUAUAUUGAUUUAUAGUCAACUUUUUAUAUGCAAUUUUAUGUUUUUUACAUUUAAUUUCCAAAAGAUAAAAAAGAUAAGGCUAAUUCAAAAAAAUAAAUAUAUAAAGCUACUGGUUUACCCCCAUUUUAUUUCCACAGUUCUAAUUCUCUUUCCUUCAUUUGAUAAUAUUUUGAAAAUGAAUGUUAAAAAAUCAACCAAAUAUAAAAUUCCGCUCUUUAAAAUACCAUUUCCACCAGAACUGACAGUUGAAGAGGUCUUGAGUAAUAGGACCGAUGAUAGACUUAACUCAAGGGCUCCCAAUAGAUACUUCAUAUACCGACUCGCUUUCCUCAAAGAACUUAGAAAGCGAACUGAUGAUAUUGUGUCUAUGACGAAAAUAUCAUCUUAUAUUAGUUCGAUGUGGUUUAAUGAAACAACUGCAGUAAUGGAUGCUUAUAAGAAUCUAUCCGAACAAGUGGAAAAUCGCCUAACGGAAAUAAGGCGCAAGGAAAAAUUAGUUCUCGUCAAUGAGUCAUUGUCUCUGGGCCUACAAGAUAACUCACCAUCCGGAAUUACUGAAUACAACAAUGGUGUUAGUCCAAGACAUAUUCCAAUCCUUUCUGAUCCCUCCUACCAACUUUAUGACUCACUAUAUCCUCUGUCACUACAACAGUCUCCGCCUCCACACUUCCCAUCAGAGAUUACCGUAAAUGUUCAAUUCCCUUAUUUUAAUCCUUCAUACCAGCUUUUUACACAAAACCAUUUUUCUAUUGAUUUAUGCUCUUGUGAAAUAUGCUGGAAUAAUUUUAUUAAUUAUGGGUAA